AUAAGUCGCCCAAGUAUGAUUUCCGAUGGAUAAAAAUUUCUGAAAAUUUCUCUACGUUACAUUCGCGCGACAUUCGCAGUGUGAUAUUACCGGCAAUUUGCCGGAAUUAGACGAAAUUACUGAUAAGCUGAUAAGUGUGCCGGAAUGCGCGUGCUAAAGUUUACGCUCGUGAUCUGCGCGCUCGCCGGAUGCUGGCAACCGUCAUCGUGGACGUCGUUGUGCAAGCGUGUCGUUUACAAGAUCUACGCGAUAUUUUUGCUCUCCUCGUUAUACAUAUUCUCGGUGUCUCAGUUCAUGAAUAUCAUACUGAACGUCGAGAAUUCCGACGAAUUCACCGACGCCCUGUACAUGAUGCUGACCGUGCUGGUCGCGGCCUACAAGCAAACUUUCAUGCUGCUGGACCGCGGAAACAUCACGAUGAUAAUUGACCAGCUCACCGUGAGACCCUUCGCACCGUGUGAGUCGCACGAGGUGACGAUUCGGCGGAAAUUCGACAAAAUGAUACAGUAAGUUGUGACAUACAUUACGUUAGCGUACUGCACAUUUUAGAGUCUUUGUCCGCGCGCGGACAAACGGGCACCUCAUUGCUCUCUAUUAACGAGGAUCGGAAGGAGAAUUUUUCCUUUAUCAAUAUCAAGAAAUAUUACAUUGGCGAGCAAAGCAUCGUAUAGAGCGGAAACAAGUCUGAUCGGGCAAGAGAGUCCGCUGAAAACCGUCCGCAGACGUCCGUCAAGACGAUGAGGGGGUAGAGCUCUACUUUGGCAAGCGGAGCAAACGAUCUCUUGAGGAUUGAAGCAGACUGAAGGCGGGCCGAUUAGCUAGCAGCUAGAUCUUACGUUUGAGAUUAUUUCGGGUUCAUCUCAAGAUGCUGCAAAGGUCGUUUCAUUGACUACGCAUCAUCGUCGUAAGAUGAUCUCGAAG